CUUCGUCAAAGCAACUGACGGAGAGGGAAUCAAGGAAUCAGUGAUUACCAUCAAUCAGCACAAUUACGGAUCAAUCAGCAUUUAGUAUCAUUAAUGUAAUCGAUAUUUCCGUUAUAAUUCUAUCCCUAUAUAAAGGGACUAUGAAAUGAAAUGAGUAGACCAAUUCCAAUUGUCAAUUUACUUUUACACGUUAUCAGCACGCUCAGAGCCAAUAGCCAAAGAAAAAAUCAAAACCCUAAAAAAAAAAAAAAAAAAAAAAACCUUCUGCCGCCACCAAAGAUAAAAAAAAAAAAUUCUUCUUCCUCGUGCAGCAGCCCCACCCUCUGCUAUCACCACCUCACUAGGCCGCGCCUCCAGCCUCCAGCAGCACGCCUCCAGCCUCCUGCAGCGCAGCCCAGCGUGCUCUGCACCGUGCAGCAUCGAGAAAUCCCGCCUCCACCCCUUCGCGGCCUCACUGCACCCAGCCAAGAGCAUUUGAUCUCCGCACCCAACAGCAGGACCACAGCCCCGCAUCCGGCCGCAACCACAGCCCAGCCUCCACCCAUCGCGGCUGCCUCCCACCUGCAGAUCCCUGCAACCCAGCACCGAUCGCAGCCCGAUCCCAACGCUGCAACCCAGCCCCCGCACCGAUCGAUUCCUGCAACCCACCGGACGUCCGCGCCUGCUGCAUUUCCAGAUCGAUCCGAACACCAGCCCGCAUCACCGCAUCAGUCCACCGUCGCAGCACCUAGAUCGGACUCGUCCGCUCCCCACUGUCGCAGCACCCACAUCGGCGACGACGUAGCAAGCCCCGCACCAACAGCCAAGCGCCCUCCCCGGCACCUGCAGAUCCCAGCCCAGAACGCUCCAGUCCCCGCGCGCAUCCCCGAUCCCUGCUUGGCGCGCCCCCAGCAGUACCUGCAAUUCUGCAAACCAGAAGGAAGGAAAGCAGGAGGAGGAAGAAGAGAAGAGAAAAAAAAAGAGGUAACUCGGGCCGAAGUAAGGACCCGGCCCAGAAAGAAAAAAUCCCAAUCCAAAAAAAAAAAAAGAAAAGAAAAGAAAAAAGGGGCCCAAAGAACAAAAGGCCCAGAACAAAAAAAAAAAAAACAGAAAAAAUCUCGGCCCAAAGAAACAGGCCCUGCUGCCCAGAAGAAAAGGAAUCCCGGCCCAGAAAAGACAGAAAAAAAAAGGAAAACCUCGCUACGCACGUCUGCAUCAACACGCGCGUGCAGUAGGAUCGUUUUGUUUUCUCGAAAUCAAAUGGCUGAUCCAACUCGACCUGAAUUUGACAUUUUGGACUCAGAAGGACUUGAGUACCACCGUUGGGUUUCCGAUGUAGAAACUGCUUUUGUGGCAAAAGAAUACACUGCCACCAUCAAAACUCCCACUGACCCCAAAGACGAUGGACCGUCUGAUAAGGUGAAAGCAAAUGCCUUAAUGUUUUUGAGGAAACAUAUUGAUCCUAGCCUACGUUGGGAAUAUCUUCAGUUGAAGACACCCAAAGAACUAUGGGAUGCCCUUAAGGGACGUUUUGGGAACAUUCAUGACACCUUGCUCCCAGAACUGACCGUUCAGUGGAAUGAAAUCCGCUUGAUUACAAAAGGGUCAAUGACUUCAACAAGGACAUGUUGCGCCUAAAGGCACGUCUAAAUUUCUGUGGAAAGGAACUCACAGAAGAUGAUAUGAUCCAGAAGACUCUUUCCACUUUUCCUACUUCAGCAAUUAUACUAGCGAACCAGUAUAGGCUGGAGUAUGACAACAAAAGAAUCACAACCUUCAAUAAGCUGAUCAACCUACUGCAAGUGGCUGAAAGACAUAAUGAGGUUCUUUUGAACAACAAUGCCAGGCCUGUUGGGACAAAGAAAAUUCCCGAAGCUAAUUAUGGCAAAGUGAAAGGUGGAAAGAACCCCAAUGCAAAGGGAGUUGGACGUGCUGAUCCCUACCCACGUGGCAACAAUGCACCACGUGGCAAGGGACGUGGGGGUCGUGGUAUGGGCCGUGGAGGCCCUCCCAAUGUGUGGCGCAGAGAUGGUGGUGCUGGCCCUAGUGGUCAAGGAAACAAGGUGCAAAGGGCACCUAAGAACCCUUCAGUCAAACAAGGAAGAGUUGGCAAUGAACCAUGCUAUAGGUGUGGAGUCAUGGGGCAUUGGUACAAGAACUGCCAAGCAAGCAACAGAGUAGCAGCCAAUUACAAGAGGUAUAGGGAGUCUAAAGAACAAGAGGCUCACUAUAUGGAAGAAGGAGGCUAUAUGGAAGAAGGAGGCAAUGACCCAGACGUCAACCUCACAAUUGCAGAUUUCAAUGGCAACAAGGAACCUGCUCAGUCAAUGGAUGCUUCAGAUUUUGACUGAUCUGCUCUAUUUAUUUUAUUUUCCAAAAACAGUUGUGAAGGCAUAAUGCCUCAUUUUUAAUUAGACUAUUACUUGGUCUUAAAGUUUAUUUCAAUAAUAGUUUGAUGAAUUAGAUUUCUGAACAAGACCUUGAUUUGAUUAUCGUUGGCUUAU